AUGACCAUCAAAAUAAGUAGCUCUGGUCCCAGUCCGAUAGCAAUUGUUGGCAUCGGUCUAAGGCUCCCUGGCGGUUGCCACGAUGGGAAAUCCUAUUGGGACCUUCUGGUCAACCAGAAAGACGCACGGCGAUCGAUCCCCCCAGAGCGUUUCAACAUUGACGGCUUCCACGGAAAAAGCCAGGGAGCCAGUAAUCUGUCCAUGAGGCAUGGGUACUUUCUCGAUGAGCCCGUCGACCGCUUCGACGCAGCUUUCUUCAGCAUGUCCCAAGCCGAAGUUGCGCGCGUCGACCCCCAGCAGAGACUAUUGCUCGAGGUCAUGCAUGAGGCGCUUGAGAAUGCUGGUGAGGUCAAUUGGCGUGGUAGCGACAUUGCGGUAUAUGCGGGUAGCUUUGGCCAGGACUGGCUGCAGAUGCAAGCCCGUGACAUGCAAGAAGGAAACGUCUACGACAUCACGGGCAUGGACGACUUCGUCUUUGCCAACCGCGUGUCGUACGAGCUUGAUCUUCAUGGACCCAGCAUGACAGUCAAGGCUGGUUGCUCGUCAAGUUUGAUUGCGCUGCAUCUGGCGUGUGAAGCGCUAAAUCGGGGCGACUGUUCCGGAGCACUGGUGGGAGCUUCCAACCUGCUACUCUCACCCGAGUACUUCCUCGCCCUCGACAACCUCGGCGCAUUGUCUCCCGACGGAUCAUCCCGCGCCUUCGACGCCAAUGCAAAUGGCUACGCCAGAGCAGAUGCUGUCAAUGCCAUCUAUGUCAAGAGGCUAGACGAUGCCGUGCGCGAUGGCAAUCCCAUCCGCGCCAUCAUCCGCAGCACAGCGGUCAACGCUGACGGCAAGACCGUGGGUUUGACCAAUCCUAGCACCGACGCCCAGGCCAGCUUGAUCCGGCGAGCAUAUGAAAAGGCUGGGAUUGGCAACCCAGAGGCAACUCCCAUGGUCGAAUGCCAUGGCACAGGUACAGCAACGGGAGAUCCGCUCGAGGUGGCGGCUGUCGUCCAGACGUUUGGCCACCAGCACCAGACAUAUAUCGGUAGUGUAAAACCAAACAUCGGUCACGGAGAGGGGGCUGCUGGCCUGAGCAGCUUGAUCAAAGCAGUCCUCUCCCUGGAACGACAUACCAUCCCACCAAACAUCAAAUUCCAGACCCCUAAUCCUAAGAUUCCCUUCACCGAAGCCAAUCUGGUAGUACCGACAGAAGCAUUACCCUGGCCACAAGGACGAGAUCCCAGGGUUAGUAUUGAUUCAUUUGGCCUCGGCGGUGCAAAUGCACACGUGAUUAUUGAAGCAGACCCCUCCGCGCGCAGGACGAACGGAAUUCCGCAGAUAAAUGGCAAUAACAAGCCUGUUUCGUCACAGCGGCUGCUGGUGUUUUCAGCUCAUACAGAGACAUCCCUCAAAACCAUGCUAGACAAAUACGAAGCCUUCAUAGGGUCUGAAUUCUUUGAAUUAACAAAUCUAGCUUACACUCUCGGCGCAAGACGGCAUCACCAUAAGUUCAGGACUUUUUGCGUCACUGACGGGUCGUCAUUACAGCCUUCAGCAAUAGUUCGAAGACCUAAGAACGGUCGUCUCCUUUUCAUUUUCACCGGCCAGGGAGCACAGUGGAGUGGCAUGGGUCGCGAACUGAUUCGUGACUUUCCGUCGUUUAGGAAAGACAUCCAGCAGAUGGAUAAAUAUCUUUCAGAGUGUCAGUUUCCGCCUCCGUGGAGGAUGGAAGAUAAGAUUUCCAAUGCAGAGGAUAUCAACACAGCAGAAUACGCACAACCCCUCUGCACAGCCAUUCAAAUCGCCUUGGUCAACCUAUUGCGCAACUGGAAUGUCCAUGCGGAUGGAGUGGUUGGUCAUUCCAGUGGAGAGAUUGCAGCAGCCUAUACUGCUGGCGCCCUCACAAUGGAAGAUGCGAUUUUAGUGGCCUUUUAUCGGGGUGUUACUAGUUCCCAGCAGACGAAACCUGGCGCCAUGGCGGCUGUAGGACUGGGUAGGGAUGAGGUAAGUGGUCUAUUGACCCCCGGCGCGACCAUAGCCUGCGAGAAUAGCAGAUCUAGCGUAACCAUCUCGGGCGAUCUCAGUGCAAUAGAGAAAACACUGGAUAGAGUACGUCAGUACCGAUCAGAAGCACUAGCUCGGAAGCUCAAAGUCGAUAAAGCAUAUCACUCAGAUCAUAUGAUAUCAGUGGGUCCAGUCUAUAGGGAGUUGAUUUCGACCAUCAAAUCCCCGCAUGAUAACUCUCUUCCGAUCCCAUUCUUCUCCUCCGUCACAAGAAUGGAAACUCGGGAUGCAAGUCUUCUAGGUCCAAACUACUGGAAGUCAAACAUGGAGAACCCGGUGCUGUUCCUGUCCGCGGUAGAAUCUGCCCUCAAGAGUACGCAAGAAUUUGGAUUGGCUCUCGAGCUCGGCCCUCACUCAGCUUUAUCUGGACCCUUCCGCCAAAUAUGCAAAGACAGAAGCAAGACCGUGACCUAUGAUAGCUGUCUAAGUAGAUCAAGCGAUAGCACUCAAUCGUUACUGAGUGCCGUUGGCCGCUUGUUUUGUCAGGGGGUCAAGGUCGACUUCGCGGCUAUGAAUCCCGGGGCUAACACCAUGUCUAGCCUGCCUCCAUAUCCCUGGACCCACGACACAUCCUACUGGCAUGAGAGCCGAAUCUCUCGGGAAAUUCGCACACGCGCUCACCCCGAGCAUGAGCUGCUUGGUACACGCGUCAUCGGCGGCAAUGACCUCGAGCCCACCUGGAGAAAGAUGCUGAGUCUGAAAGACGUGCCCUGGCUUUCUGACCAUGUGGUCGCUGGUGACAUUGUCUUUCCUGCUGCCGGGUACAUCACCAUGGCGACUGAGGCUGUGAGACAGCUUUCUUCGCAUCCGGGUUCAUUCACCAUCCGUGCAUUAUCCAUCGGAUCAGCCAUGCCUCUACAAAAUGGGAAGGCCACCGAGAUCAUGACCCGGCUUCAGCCUCUAAGAUUAACGGACAAUCAGGAUUCAGCCUGGUUUGAGUUCAGUGUCAUGUCAUACGAUGGAACUAGAUGGAGCCGGCACUGUAGCGGAGAGAUCCGCACUGCAGAUGCCUUGGAUUCGUCCACAACUAGAUUGAACUUGUCUGCACCAGAAGGCAAGAGAGAAGUGGCUACCGCCAAAUGGUAUCAAGCCGCCAAGUCGGUUGGUCUAGAGUACGGGCCUUUAUUCCAAGGGCUGCAAGAUAUCUUCUACGAUCUCUCUCGCGACUGUACGUCGGCCAAGCUGCAAUCAACCGAGCAAUACUAUGGGUUGCUUCAUCCCACGACUAUAGACCAACUCUUACAGUGCUGCAUUCUCGGUUCAGUCAAGGGUCAUGAAAGACUUCUGAACAGGACAGCUCUUCCUGUCUACAUCGAGGAGAUGUCUAUCGGCGGUAGUGAUUACUUGAACAAUCUUCACUGCGAUGCGUAUACCCUCUUCAGUGGCCACGAUACGCUCUCGGCACAUGGCUCUAUAGGGGCUAGGGGUGGAGCCCUAGCACUUCAGGCCAAAGGGAUCCAAUUUCGCCUACUUGAUAUUCAUACCAGUACCAUAGAAGACCCGUUGAAGGAGCUUCACCUACUUGAGUGGCGGCCGGAUAUUGAUCUCACCAACUUGGACCAGAUGGUGCGUCAAGACCAUGAUCUCAGCAGCUGCCUCGAACUCGUCGAGAGACUCAACAUCCUCUGUGUACUGGAAAGUACUAGGAUACUCAAACACCUCGACAGCUCGCAUCACCAUUUCAAACGAUUCAAGGAGUGGAAUGAGGAAUACAUUCACAAGCUACAGCAAAACGGCAGUCGUGUCGUGAAAGACGUCAAUCAGAUCCUGGAAAUGGAACCGGAGAAGCGAGCCUCUGCUAUCAAAGCGCUGACGGAAGAAGCUAUUGCGACACCGGCGCGGGACAUUGCCCUUGCCAUUGUCAGGAUAUUCAAUGAUGUGGAAGGCAUCUUCACAGGAGCAGUAGAGCCUCUUGCAGUACUCUUGAAAGAUAACUUGCUCAUGGAAAUUUACAAUUUUUUCAACAUGCUGGAGUACCGCGACUUUUUCCGGCUCCUAGGCCACAAGAACAGAGGAACCUUGCGAGUAGUGGAGAUUGGAGCCGGGACAGGAGGCUUUACUUCUACCAUCCUGCCAGCCUUAAUGGACUCUGCCGGUGACCACCUGUUCAGUACCUAUACCUACACCGACAUAUCCUCGGGCUUCUUCAAGGCUGCAAAGGAGCGCUUUGGGGAGUACUCUGGUAUUGAGUACACUGUUUUGGAUAUAAGCAAAAAUCCUGCCUCACAGGGCCUGGAACUUGGCAGCUAUGAUCUUGUUGUUGCUGCAAACGUUCUUCAUGCUACCCCAGACCUUGUUCAAACAAUGAAAAACUGCCGUUCUCUUCUACGACCAGGCGGUCGAUUGUUCAUGUUGGAAUUAUGCUCCGAGGCUAAAUGGGUUAAUUACAUCAUGGGUACACUCCCUGGUUGGUGGCUUGGAGAAGCAGACGGCCGUCCAAACGAGCCGUAUAUACAGGGCGAACAAUGGAAUGUUAUACUUCGAAAAGCCGGGUUUGGCAAUAUGACAGCGAUCAUGGAUCAGAAGUCCCCAUAUCAGCUUGACAACAUCAUUGUUGCCAGUGCAGAUGACGACGUUGCGACACCUUCCAAGGCUCUCAAUCUCCUAGUGAGAGAUUCCAACCAGCCGUCAGCUAUUGCCAACGCAUUUAUGUCGGAGCUCCGCCAAGCAGGUUACGAUGUCACCCUAUGUUCGCUGCGGGAACAGCCAAUCUCCCCUGUUGAUACCGUAUCGCUUCUCGACAUCGACGGGCCUGGAGCAUUCUUCGAGGACUUGGAUGAGAAAGGGCUCCGCGGAAUCAUCCGAUUCAUUACAAACAACCGCGGACAGCAGAUACUAUGGCUCACAGGUCUUGCACAGGUAUCAACAGAGAACCCACACCAUGCCAUGGUGUUGGGGCUUGCCCGCACGCUUCGCCUAGAGCUGGGUUCGCACUUCGCGACCAUGGAGCUCGACAUUGGCGCCGACCCGUUCCCCUUUGGCACGGUAGUAAAGGUUUUCGACCAUAUUCAGAGGCAGUCGAAACUAGACGUGGCGGACUGCGAGUUUGCCCUGGUCAACGGUAUGGUACAAGUGCCACGGUUCUUGACUCGGACAGCCGACCAGGUCGUUCCCAUUCCCGAAUCCCAGGUCUUUCGAAAGCUUCACAUGGGAAAGCCUGGAAUACUUGCUAGCCUUCAAUGGCAGGAAGGAUUGCGGGACUCUAACUUGGGAGAAGGCGAGGUGGAGAUCAAUAUCCGCUCUUCCGCUGUAACGCAUCAGGAUGUCCUCUUCGCUUCUGGCGCUGUACAUGGCAAGCAAGGUCUGGGAUUUGAGUGUGCCGGCGUUGUUUCCCGUACGAGCUCGAGCGGCACUGACCUUCAGGUGGGCGAUCGUGUGCUCUGCUGGUCAUCAGGCUCACUGGCGACCCACGCACUUGUCAACGCCAAGUGCUGCAUCAAAUUGCCUGACAGCUUAUCCUUCAAUGAUGCGGUUACGAUGCCAACUGCGUAUGCUUCCAUGAUCAGGGGCUUAUUGGACAACAGUUCACUAGCUCCUGGGGACACAGUCCUUAUUCAUUCCGCUUCCAGUCCUAUGGGCCUUGCCGGCAUCCAGGUUGCUCGAAUGCAAGGGGCAGAGAUAUUUGUGACCGCUAGAACAGAAGCCGAGAAGGAAUUUCUGAUAACUGAGCAAGGCAUUCCGACAAGUCAUGUGUUUUCAUCUUCCGAUAGCUCUUUUGUUGCAGAGAUCAUGCAAGCAACAAAAGCACGCGGUGUAGAUGUUGUCGUCAAUCUCCUGUCAGGAGAUUUGUUGCACGAGAGCUGGAAAUGCGUAGCAGAAGGCGGCAAUAUGAUUGAGCUCUCUGGCAGAGACAUCACUGGGCAUGGAAAAUUGGACAUGAUUAUGUUUGGGGGAAACCGUGGAUUCCACGGAAUCAAUAUACCCGCCCUGAUUGCCCAAAAGCCAUCGCUAGCUGCCAGGUUUCUGAAAGUCAUAAUGGACCUGUAUACAGGCGGGUCAAUCAAGCCAAUCAGCCCGAUCAAAGUUCAUACGCCAAACAACAUCAAGCAAGCAUUCCACCAACUCCACACCGACAAUGACCAGAUUGGUUCUGUGGCUUUAGAGUUUUCCAACGACCCACAGAGCAUGAUAGUAGCUGAAUCGUGCAGCGACGAGAUUCAGUUCCGCAAAGACCGAUCCUAUGUCUUGAUUGGAGGCUUGGGCGGCCUGGGCAGAUCUGCCGCAAUCUGGCUCGCUGAAAGGGGGGCCGGCUGCAUCAUAUUCAUGUCGCGCUCUGCUUCCGCUGGUGCCGAGACCCGGUCUUUGGUACAGGAGCUCAAGUUAUUGGGCUGCGAGACUCAGAUUGCCACUGGAAGCGUGACAGAUGCGACAGCGGUGGAGAAACUGGUAGCAAAUGCAGCAAUGCCCAUUGCCGGGGUGCUGCAUUUAGCCCUGGUCCUCAAGGACGAAACACUGCUCGACAUGACGUUUGACAGUUGGCGAGCCGCGACUGAGGCCAAGGUUCAAGGGACUUGGAACUUGCAUCGCGCCCUAGAAGAUCAGCCGUUAGAGUUCUUCGUCCUAGCCAGCUCCAUCUACGGUAUCCAGGGCAAUCCGAACCAGGCGAACUACGCGGCAGCCAGCACCUUCCUCGAUGCCUUCGUGCAGUACCGACAGAAGCUGGGCCUGCCGGCUUCGGUUAUCGACCUGGGAGUGAUGGGGGACGUCGGUUACGUCAGCGAGCGCCCGGCCAUCUUGGAGAGCCUCAGACGUGCAGGAGCCCAGCUCCUGUGCGAGAACGACUUCCUGAGGUCCUUGCAGUUGGGAAUCCGUGCCUCGUCUGCCCAAGCACCCCUACUCCCGACGGACUUGACCUCUGGCUACGUUAACCAGGCGCAAUUUGUCGUUGGAAUAGGUCAGCAUCCUCCGGAUGCUCGGGGUCUCGGGUUGAAGAGGGUGAAGGACAGCCAUCAAAGCUCAGGCAAUCGUGCCACCACACAAGACAGUAUGGGAGAGGAUGGCGGCGAUAAGCUGCGACAAUUUCUGGACGGGGCGAAGCGCGACCCGAGCUCGUUGAACGACGAAACGGGAGUGACGCAAUUCCUGGCGGCGCAAGUGGCCGAAUGCUUGAAGGGAUUGUUGAUCUUUGGCGACAACUCGAGCCUGGAUCUUGGGCUGGGUCUAGCAGAUCUGGGGGUCGAUUCGCUCGUUGCCAUUGAGUUGCAGAGCUGGUGGAUCCAAAGCUUCGCCACGCACAUCACCAUCCUAGAGUUGACCAAGAGCGCCUCCAUCGUAGCAUUAGGUCAGCUAGCCAGGUUUCGCAUGCUAGAAACAUUCCAUGGGCAGACUCCAGAGCUAGUCGCGCCAUGA